UGAAGGUUUGUAACUAAAAAUGUUUUAAUUGUCUUAUAAUCAAGACGUGAAGAGAUUUAUUCAAAACGUCUUGAUGUUCUAGUCUACUCACUGAAACAUCAAAUAAAAUGGCUUCUAAUUCAUCGGGGUUGUGAGUCAGGAUCAUGUCCUUCAUAGGAAUGCAGAGAUAACUGGUCAGAGACACAUCAGGAGAUAAAAGUCCAAGACAAUGCUGUGCACACUGGUCAUCCUAGGGGCAGUGUUGCUCCUGCUCGUCGCUCUCUUCGUCAAGUACAUGUCUGCUCACCACCAAGUCUUUAAAAAAUUGGGAAUCGAUCACCCGCAGCCACGGUGGAUAGUGGGAAACUUUGAUCUGGCCAUGAAGCACGGCAUGUUCGAAGUUCAGAAAGUUUUCUAUAACAAGUAUAAAGAGAAAAAGGUCUAUGGAUGGUUUGACGCUCGAAGACCAGUUAUUGUGGUCAAGGAUUUGGACAUGGUCAAAGAUAUCCUAAUUAAAAAUUUUAACCAUUUUGUUGACCAUUACUCAUUCCUGGACUUCGAACCUCCUUUCCACGACAACCUGCUCAGCUUAAGGGGAGAUCACUGGAAGCGUGUCAGAAGCAUAAUCUCCCCUACGUUUAGUUCUGGGCGAAUAAAAAGAAUGGCUUCUCAUGUUGAAAAGAACGCGAAGAUUUUGCUGGAAAAUUUGCAACAUCUACAGGAAACCGGUGAAGAUGUUGAGCUGCGAGAGAUCAGUUCCUGCUUUACCCUGGAUGUCAUCGCCAGCACUGGGUUCGGCCUGGACAUCAACACGCUCAAAGAUCCCAAGAACGAAUUCGCUGUCGAAGCUAACAAAGUAAUGAAUGGAAAUCGUAUCGUCUUCUUCGUGGUCUGGUUCUUGCCGGCGCUUUCUGGCAUUCUGGCCAAGCUGGGUUUCCACAUGCUGCCAAAGAAAUCUAUGGAGUACCUCGCCCAGGUCAUUGAUCAGAUCAUUGAAGAGAGGAAACACGAUGACAAGAAAAACAAGGUCAACGACUUUAUUGACCUGGUGAUGAACGCAGAGACGGAAGCUGGUCAGGCCAGUGGCAAGGACCUCACUAGAUCGGAAAUACAUAGCCAAGCUAUCAUCUUUCUUUUUGCUGGCUUCGACACCAUUGCCACAGCUUUGUCCUUUACGCUCUUCCAUCUGGCCAUGCAUCCGGAAUGUUGUGAAAAAGUCCAGGCGGAGGUGGAUGCCAAAUGUGGCAAGGACAUUCCUGACUACGACAAAGUCCAGACGCUGACCUACCUGGACAUGUGCAUCAAUGAGUCCAUCCGGCUGACGCCCCCGGGGAUAUUCAUCAGCAGACAAUGUGUGGAGGACAUACAGAUCCAGGGCGUCCAUUUCCCCAAAGACAUGGCUGUAAUCAUCCCUACUUACGCUAUCCAGACUGACCCCGAAAUUUUUCCAGAACCUGAAAAGUUUGACCCUGAGCGAUUCAGCCCUGAGAACAAGGUUAACCGUCACCCAAUGGCAUUCUUGCCUUUCGGUCAAGGCCCACGUAACUGUAUUGGGAUGAGACUCGCACUGCUAGAACUUAAAAUUGCCCUGGCGACGAUAUUACAAAACCUAACGCCCGUCCCUUGCUCUAAGACCGUCUACCCCGCGAAGUUGAGCAAAAUACAGACCAGAGCCAUGGAUGGAUUGUGGGUAAAAUUCCAGAACAGAAAAAUCGCUAAUUAACAAAUACUUAUGAAUGCUUACUGAGCAUUAUUGAUUACCUAUAUUGUAUUAAAUACCCAUUGAAAUAUUGAUCCAACAUAUUGGACCAAAUAAAUUUUUUUAAAGGUUUUACUUUAUUUUACUUUGUUAUUUAGUCGGGUUAAAGGUCAGUGGGUGAGGUCAUUGUGUUGACCAAUAAAAUAAUACCGAGCUUCUUUAGCACUUUCUUUUAUAGUGAUGUUUUAAGAUUGACCUCUUGACCUCAUCGGUUUGUCUCUUGACAGACUUAUAAUGUAAAGUUUGGAUUACUUUCUAACCCGUAUGGGUCGUAUUGCCAUAUUUAUGCCUAGUCUAGAAUACUGAACAACACUUUGAACAUGUCUCUUAACAGAAUUGUCAUGAUAAGUUUAAGAUAAUAAACACAGUGUGUUUUUGUGUGUUUAGUUAUCAUACCGUUCUUGUAGACAGAUCCAUUUUACGUUUAAAAUCUUAAAAUAUAUACUAAACUACUUUAAAAUGCGCGAAGCAUCGGUAGACGAUAUAGUAAUUUACUACCAACACCAAAGGUCCAAUUUUCGACUACUGUUACGUAAGUAAAAAAAGUAUUUAUUACUUUGUGGGUUUAAGUUCUAACUUCACUCGCCUCUUGGUCGUUGUGCUGGCCCAUUAAUUACUUGGUAUACUUUUCGCCACUGGAAUGCUCUUUUUAUUGAGCUUCUCAGUAUCAUUGGCUCCAACUUCCUUUUCGCUUAGGGUUAACUCAUGCUUCCACCCCCACACACACCAAUCCCACGAUUAAAAGAAACACUUUCACACACACUUAUAAUAUUGUGAAUUUAAAGGUGUUUGAAAAAAAAAAUUAUAAAGAUUUAAAGCUCAUUUUAUUCAUAGGUCGUGUACUAUCUGAUGCUGUGCUUAAAUAGCACCAAACUUUAUAUAGGAUAUAGUAGCUAAGUAUACGUUACGUGAAGUGUAGUGUCUGUAUCAUGCUUGAAUUAUCUGUCACAUCUGGCUACCACACAUCCUACAAGCAUUCAGAAAGAAAACAAAAUGGGCUGUUCUAUAUAUAUGAAACUGAAAUAAAGUGUCUUUGUUUUCAUGUAAGCUAUAUGUCCUAUAUGUACCACAAUGCGAUUUG